AUGGGUGUUCGUACCAAGACUGUGAAGGGCUCAGCCGUCAAGAUCAUUGAAAAGUACUACUCGCGUCUUACUCUUGACUUUGACACAAACAAACGUGUGUGUGAUGAAGUUGCAAUUAUUCCGUCCAAGCGCAUGCGCAACAAGAUUGCCGGGUAUAUUACACACCUCAUGAAGCGCAUCCAGCACGGCCAAGUGCGUGGUAUCUCGCUUAAGUUGCAGGAGGAAGAGCGUGAACGUCGUAUGGACUUUGUGCCGGAAGUAUCGGCCAUUGACACGGAAAACAUCGAGAUUGACAACGACACGAAGGACUUGUUGGUCCACUUGGACCUUAAGUUGGCUGGUGUGCACGUGCCUCAGGAUAAGGCUCGUGAGCAGCACCACCACCACCGCAACUAA